AUGUCCUCAUCGUCACCCAUCAAACCACCUUCUUUACCAUCCCGAAGCUCCUCCCAACUGUCCCUCGACUCGCAUCUAUCCAGCCCAAGGAAGAGAUACGAGAAAACUGCAGCUCGACCUUCACUCGAUCAUAACGGGAUAAAACCGCCCUCUGCCAUCUAUCUAGGCGAGGAAGCGGGUUCAGGUCCUGUUACAAACAAACGUUAUUCAGGUGAUUAUACCCAUGACGAUCAUCCCCAUUUGAGGAUGGCAAGUGGUUUCGCCAGUGUGCAUGUCGGUAUUGGAAGUCCCAAGUUAGAUUUUGCCAGAAGAGAUUGGCCAGGGAGCAGUCAUAAGAGGAAAGAGGGCAGUAGCUCGACGGAAACUUCUCCGGAGGUCAGACAAGAAGGUCAAAUAACAACAGAGCACUCAAAGGAAGGAAGGGAUUUGGUGGAUAGAGUAUCGGGUCUACCUAGUCCACCUGGAACGGAAAGUGAUAUAGCAGCGCCAAAUAACGAUAGUCUCAACGGUGAAUCGUCAGAAAAGGUUCCUUCGCCGGUCAAAAGCACAUCUUCAUCAACAAAAUCCCCUACCAAACUUUCUCGGCGCACAUCAUCGACAGGAUCUGCUCAUCUUAUUGCACGUCGCACAUCAUCCUACUCCGGAUCAUCAACACACGUACCAGACUCACCACGACUUCGCACCCACGCUCUUCGACCGAAACAUUCCCCUUCUUUAUCGAUGUCUCGAUCAGGCUCAUCUUCUUCCAGCUUGAUCGCUAGCCCCUCUAUGGCAGCUAAUCGCAGUAUCAACGAAUCUACCAGAAGAGGGUCAGCAGGAUUAUCAAGAACAAGUAGUCAUUCAUCCAGUCUCAGCCUAGGUGGAAAUGCAAGUGCAGGUGGAUCUUCAUCCAGAAAAGCGCCUCCUCCACUCGACACCAAACGUGCCAAUUCUCCCGAAGAAAGGAUAUCUUCGCCUGAAAGAACAGCUAAGAGAUUGCCCCCUGUCAGUAGUGGAAUUGAGAGUAUGAAUGAAAGAAGGCACUCUAGGAGAUCAAGUAGAGAUCUUAGAGAGGAAAUUGUAGAAGAGGAACCCACAAAGGCAAGUGCGGGUAUGUCAAGGACAAGAUCACAGGGAUCAGAGCUAGAUGAUAAGAUUCGUGGAGCCGAGGAAAGGAUAGCUCAAGCUGCUUUACAUCGAAGAAGAAGGUCGAUUGAUGUGGAGAAAAACUCAACACCUUUACGUCAACCUAUAAGGAGACACGACUCGUAUACUAGAGCAACUGGAUCACUGAUAGUCAAUCCACCUGGUUCUGCUUUGAGAAGAACAACUACUCUUUCAUCGAAUCACACGGACUCACCUUCAGAGUCAAUUGCCAAGAGAAAGGAUGAUUCUCACGAAACACCUGAGAAAGGCGAGGAUGAUCGGGAACGAAGUGGUGGAAGUAGCUCGAGCAGAAGGAGGAAGGGUCUACCUGCUGAAUUCAGGAAUGGCAGUGGUAGCUUGUUCACACCCUCACCCCAAAAACCUAAAAGUAGCGGUAUAAACGAUCAACCUGGAUCUGCUCGAUCGUCCCGACUUAGACAGUUUCUCGGUUCCCCGUCAGACUAUCCAUCAUCUUCUCCUAUACCAAGUCGAUUGUCCACGACGUCUCGUAGAUCUGGAGAGAUGGAAACUAUCACCUCCCCCUCCAAGGCUUUCCGCCAUAUUGACGGCCUAGAACGAUCAUCAAGCUUGGGUGGACCAAGAGGAGAAACAUCUGGAUACUCGAAGCGAAAUUGGGGUCAAUCGAUCUCUGGGCUACCACGAGUAAGUGAUGAGGUGGAUCAUCGAGGUCUACCGAGAGACAGGUAUCGCUCGGAAACUGUCUUAGGGGGAUCGACUUAUCAGUCUUCGAGAGUAGGAGAGGACCGAGGGCUAGGAAGAAGAGGUAUAAGUACCUUAGUGAGCGAAAGGGAUUUGCUAGCUGCUUCUCGAUCCAGAGUAGGUGCUUUAGGACCAGGAGAUUCUGUGUCAGCGGUAGGAUCUAGAAACGAUAGAGGAGAUGGUAAAGAUCCGCUGGAGAUGAUCAGGAGAUUGGAGGAACAACGGGCAGAAUCGAAAAGACGGUGGGAUCACAUGCCUAGACCGGCAACCUCGAUGUCGAGUAUGCGAGAGAUAUACAACAAUCCACCUAAUACCGCUCCCCUUGAACCUCUACGACACAGACGAAGUAUCGAUCAGGAUUCUCCGAUUAGUCCACCAUAUGUCCGAGGGGGUGCUUCACGAUUGGCAUUUAGCAGAGCUGGAGGCCCCUCGACCGAACCUAGAUCUAUGAGAAGCAGUACUUCGCUCGGUGGUAGAUCGUCAGCAAACUUUGAUCUUGCUAAUUCUUCGACUGAACAUGGAAGGCUACUAUUCGAAGCUUUCAGGGUGUUAGAAUCUAAAUUAGGCCAAGAAAUCCUGUCCACCCAUCCUGAAAUGCUCAGGACGUUACACUCGGCCACGCGAACGUCUGAAAACAUAAAUGCGGUACUGCGAAACGCACUUCAGCUAGCAUCACAGAUAGCUGUAGAUGCAGAGUUGGACGAUUCAGCUAAAGUCACAGAAGAAUACUCCAAUCUCGCUUUCAUGCUCAGAGACGCAGGUAAAGCGAGUGAACAGAAUGUUAGAGAUAUGACUAGGGUAUUGCUCGAUCUACCCAAGCUUGUUCGAAUCCAGGAAAAUGGAAGUGGAAUGACUUCUUCUACUUCAGCUUCGGUGGGAAGGAUCAGAAGAUCCGAAUCUGCUGCUCUGAACUAUAAUCACGACCCCGUCAAACAAGGCGUCAUGUCUGAAGAUCGACCUGCCAGAAGAUGGCAGCCUACUUCCCCAAUUGCCCAAACAGAUAGAUCGCCGUUACAAGGUAGAUACAGUAUGGAUACACCCAGAAGAUCAUAUGACCUACUUCGAUCUUCUACUGCUAUGGCUGAUACGUAUUCACCUCUUUCGAGCUAUUCCAGCAUGAGGAACAGGAAUACUCGCACGAAUGGAAAUCUAGACAGUAGCAGGACUGGUGGAUCGACGGUAUCAUCUUUGAUGUCAAAAGUACGAGCUAUGACACCUAGGAAAUCGCCUUCCAAAUUGGAUCUAUCAACUAUCGAACAAUCUCCUCCGAUCAAACGAACUUCCUCGCCCUCGAUCACGAGUCCAGAUAAAUCACCUGAACGUGAAAAGCCACUAAGAAAUUUACUGAAGAAGAAAACUUCUACGUUGAGUACGAAUACUAUCAAAGGGUCGACUCAUCAACCAUCAAAUUUCUUACCCGCUUCAUCAAGUAAUAAGCCUACUACCGCCAUCAGUCAGGUCACUGCUGGAGAUCUAUCAGCUGAUGAUGAAGAGUUGGAACCUAAUUCUCCAAUGAGCAAGUUUAGCUAUAAUUCGCAAAGAAGGAAAUUAUCUAUAUCACGUCCUAACAUCGCGGGUACAGUCAAGGGACAUUCAAGGAAUGGAAGUUCAGAUACGUUCGGUACGACCCAUACCGGGACUGGGACCGGGACUGGAUCGUAUUUUACUGAUCAUGACGAAGAACAGAGAGAAGUGGACGAUGAGAAUGAGAAUGAGAUCGAUGCUGUAUCGAUGUUAGAGCAGAGAUUGGUAAAAGUCGCCAAGAUGAAAGAGGAACGUGGGUUAGGCAUCACUCCGCCUGUAGGGGAAGAGAACAAGAGACCUAGUAUCAGUGAUAGGUUCAGAGCUAGUUUGAGGAAAGGAAGUGGCAGAGUUGAGUGA